AAUACGCUGCGAACGAAAUUUAGUUUGAGUUGAUGUUCGCAUGUCGUCGGGAAGCAAUUAACGGAAAUUAAUUAAGUCGGUGUUUUUACAGUUUCCAAGACUCGAAGAUCCAAGAAAGAGUGCGCACUUUUAGUACAAGGUGUAUUGAUAGUUUGAAGACGCAUCAAUCUCUAAUAAAGAGACUGUUCCUUAAUUUCCAAAAGAGUAACAAGAAUUUUCCGUCUUCUAAAAUAAAAAAAAAUCUCAAACCACCCGAAAACGUUCAAACCAUUUGUGUCCGCCGGUAUUGUUCGCGUGAGUUUGUCUUUUUUUUGUGUGUGGUGUUGAUAUUUGAAGUCGAUCUGCUGUUUGGUGUGAAAUAAGGUGAAGAUAAAAAUACAAUUUCCUGGUGCUGUCCCUACUUGAACCGAACUAGGGUAACAGUUCACUAAAAGUCACGUGGCAGAUUUAGAGCGUGAUCGUUUGAAGUGAGAACAAAACGAUCGUGCAAUUGGUUUUGUUGGUGAAAGAUUAGCACUGGAAACAGUAAUGCUGGAAGACGAAGAUUCUGAUCGUAUCGAGAAGAUCUGCCCGAUCUGUAAAAAGGAAGCCUUUAAAAGAUGUGCCCGAUGUGCGAUGGUGUACUACUGCUGUGUGGAACAUCAGCAACAAGACUGGAAGCUGCACAAGGCCACCUGUCAUCCAUUUAAAAUCUGCUCGAAUGAACAGUAUGGGCGGUUUCUGGUGGCAACGAGAGAUAUCAAAGCAGGCGAGAUCAUACUGAAGGAAUCGCCGCUCGUACAUGGACCGGCACAAAUCACCGGUCCGGUUUGUGUCGGAUGUUUGCAGGGAUUGGAGGAGAAAAAGUACCAAGAAUGUGAACGCUGCGGAUGGCCUGUCUGCAAGAAAUCCUGUCAAGAUCAACCAGCGCAUCAGGCGGAGUGUAAGUUUACCAUCGGCCGGGGCAGUAAGAUUUCAAUCCAGCACUUCUAUGUGCCUCAUCCCACGUACCAAUGUUUGAUGCCAGUGCGAUGUCUUUUGCUGGCGGAAAGUGAUCCUGCCCGAUGGGAAGCACUGUUGCGGUUGGAAUCGCACGAAGACGAACGGCGUGGUUCGCAACAGUGGCGCAACGAUCGAGAAGGAGUGGCAAAACUGAUUCCACGCUUUUUCAAGUGUGAAAAUAAAUGGGAUGAGGAUGAGAUCCUGCGUGUCGUGGGCAUUAUUCAGGUGAAUGGACACGAAGUGCCACUGAUGGAGCCGUCCUCGGUAGCGAUCUACAACAUGGCAUCGAUGUUGGAACACUCGUGCCGUCCAAACCUUUCGAAGAGUUUCACGAACCGUGGGGAAGUUGUUAUCUGGGCACCGAACGCGAUCCGGCGCGGUGAUCGACUCAGUAUCUGCUAUACCGAUGUGAUGUGGACAACGGGCAAUCGGUUGGAACAUCUGCAGCAGACAAAGAUGUUCCGCUGUGAGUGUGAACGCUGCAAUGAUCCGACCGAGUAUGAGACGUACUUUAGUGCGCUGCGAUGUUCCGGCUUUCAGAAGGACUCCAAGUGCAAAGGAUACCUGCUGCCGGUGGAUAAGGCACAAUGGACCGGAGAAUGGAAGUGUUUGCGGUGCUCGAAGGAGGUAACGGGUGCGGCUGUUUGUCAGAUAUUGGAGCGUGCUCGCAUCGAUCUGGAAGCGAUGGAAAAACAUCGGGAAGAUCAUUGCAACAAGUACAUGAAGCACUACUCGAAGUGGCUCGCACCGAAUCAUCAGUUCCUGGUGGAUGUGAAGAUAUCGCUGUCACAAGUGAUCGGAGGCAAUAAUCCGGAAGCGAUCAGGAAGAUCCCGUACGAUAAGCUGAUGAACAAGAUUAAGGUAUGCCAGGACUUGAUAGCGUUGUUCGAGAAGAUUUGUCCAGCGGAAGCACGAGCAUUCGGAGCCACUCGGUUCGAACUUCAUGCAGCCUUGGCCGAGCUUGGGCGACGUUCCACAGAAUCUAACAAUUCAGCUGCAGCAGCUGUACAGCUAGAAGAUUCCCUGCACAACGCCAACGAGUGCAUACGAAUGUUGCUACACGAACCGUCCAUGCUGAUGGAGAGUAAAAUAUGUGCUCAGGCGCGUGUUAAUGCAAACACCCUUAAAGCAUUGCUAGGAAUCAAGGAAUAAGAUCACACAGAAAGGAUCUUAAUAAACUAGACAGAGAAAGAGAGAGAGAGAGAGAGGGACAGAGAAAUAGUGAAAAAAGCAGGUUAGUUCGUUAAUGAAAGUUUGCUUUUAGUUUGGCCGCAUGCCUGCUUUAUCGUUUGUUAUUGGUACGAGAUUUGCGCGACUUGUAUUUCGCAUGUGUCAACUAAAGUCACGGAUGCACGCGUUCUCACAAAGGAUCACGAACGAGAGAAUCCUCCAACUUUACCCCAAUCGAAUUUAUGCUCCUCUAUGUUGGGUUCGCAUUGCUCUCGGGCACAGCAUGCUAUGCGAGCGCUUCGAAGUAGCUAGACAAGCUCUAGGCACAACGUAUCGAAAUCUUUUUUCAAAAGGAGAGAAAAUACGAAAAAAUAGUCAUCAUAAAAGAUGUGUGACCUCGGUUUGCAUAAUUUGGCAAUCGUUCUUCAGCUGAUAACAAUUGUCAUUUUUUUGUCAACGCAAAUAAAGAUUUACCAAAAA